GCUAGCUUAUUCGCAUCUGUUAUCUUGACACCUUCUCUUGCUCCACAUAUCCAGCUAGACAAAGCUUGCUCGGCAACAAUGGCUGCAGGUGUAGCUUCCUUUCUUGCUGCUAUUGCUGUUUUCUCCAUGCUGAUUAUAUCAUCCCUAGGGAAUCUAAAGCCUUUAUGCAGCGACUGUGGGACGUUGUGCGGUACCAACUGCAACGCCGAGGCUAAUACCUCCUGCAGCGCUAACUGUUACAACCCUCGGGAGGACUGCCAGAAGCAGGUUUUCGAGGGGUGCACCAGAGAUGGUUUCUGCUGCAGUAGCAACGGCACUUGCACUUGUGACUGCAACACCAUAGCUCAAGAACGUUGCAGCAGCGUCACCGAUGGCUAUGUACGUUGUGAAUCUUGCAAGCGCGGCUUGUUCGACCAGUGCUAUCCCACCUGUGUCAGCGACUGCAACACCAACUGCAAGAAGAAAGGGUGCGACGCAUAGGAAUAACAUGCAUGUAAUCGAUCGAGUGCCUUGCACAGGAAACAAAAUGGCUCCUUGUAGUCAUAAGUAGAUUGGUUUUUAUAGUCGCCAUGGCCUGGUUUCGUGGGAUAUCACAACAGGAAUGGGUCGUGGCACGUCUCCUCCGGCUUUUUUGGUUGUUAUUUGUGCGCCCACCAAGUACUCACCGGCUUGUAUACAUCAGCUUGUCCAACCAAGUAUCCAUUUGUGUGUCAUUGUACUAUUAUCCAAGAAUAUUUGGAAUUAAUGUGAGGCGUGCCUUUGCCGUGCCAUUUAUUCUCAUUAA